GACUGCAUUUCUUGUAGGGGUAUGGGGGCAACAUGAUCAUCAUGUGACCAAAGAAGAAAAGAAAGUCAUGCUGGGUGACAAAGUGGUCCUCCCAUGUAAAGUUUUCAAGCCUGAAGAAUCAGCCACAGUACAUUGGUUGUAUGUAAUUCCUGAAGACAAAGGAAAAGAACAAAAGAUUUUGACUGCUGGACCAAAAGGAACAGUCAUAGAAGAAUCUGAGUUGAAAAGUCGCAUUGUAUUAAAAAAACAAUUCCAAAUUGGAGAUUGUCAGCGUACAGGCUCAAGAUAACAAGCAGUUUAUCUGCAGAGUGGAGUUCCAGAAUGGUGUAACAAAAGAAAGCAGAAUGCAGCUUCACGUCUACAAGAGUCCAUCAGAACCAGAACUAAAAAUGGAACAGAAUGGAAUUCCAGUGUCAAAUGAAGCAGUCCAGAUUGGUACCUGUGAAAGUCAGAAUGGUUUCCCAGCGCCUGUUAUCAAAUGGUAUAAGAAUAACAGUCCUCUGAGAGAUGGAAAAGAUGGUGUUGAAAUCCGUACUCAGGUUUCAACAGGAUCUACGGGGUUAAUUUCAGUGAGAAGUAUUUUGUUGGUCCCCGUGAAGCAGUCUGAUGCCAGUGCUUUCUUUUACUGCGAUGUCUCAUACAGUCUUCCAAUGGGGGAGCAUAUGCUGGAAUCUGAGAGAAAAAAUAUCACGGUGCAUUACCCUACUACCUCAAUAAAAGUAUACUUUAGAAGCCCAUCUGAAAUGAUAAAGGAGGGAGAUAUUGUGGACCUAAACUGUGAGGGUAAUGGAAAUCCACAACCUUCAUAUACACUGAAAAAGAAACAUAAUGAUACCAUUUUGGAAGAAGAUUCACCAUAUUCUUGGAAAGUUUCACGUGAAGAUUCUGGGGUUUAUGUCUGCACAUCACUCGAUGUGGAGAGUCUCGAUGUGGUAGAAUUGGAAGAAGAGACCACACUCUAUGUCUACUUCCUGGAUCCUCCUGUGCUGUCCCUUGAGUCCCCUGUUACUGUUGAUCUUCAAAGUAAAUUGAUGGUUUCCUGUCAAGUGAAUGCAUCCAAUCAAACUGCAAUCCACUGGAAACAAGAUGGAAAAACCAUUGCAAACGGGCCUGUGUUGAACCUGGAUUUUGUAGAUUACAGUGCUACAGGACUUUAUACUUGUGUGGCUGACCUUCCUAAUAUACCAGGGCUGACUACAAGUAAAGACAUAAGUAUCACUGUGCAAGGAAGUCCUCAAGCAUCUGUGACUUCACCAGUUAUAGAGGUACAAGAUGGUGAAACCGUGACUACAAAUUGUACAGUAUCUGGUUAUCCACGACCGCAAAUCAUUUGGUAUAUCAAUGACACAGAGAUAACAUCUCAAGCUGUCAUUUACAACAUCAAAGAUUAUGAAGUAACAAGUGAACUCACCUUGAUGAUCCACAAAGAUUUCUUGAAUCAAAGUCUCAAAUGCAUGGCCUUCAAUCAGUUCAACAACAGCACUGCAUAUAUCCAGCUACUGGAAAAGCCAAUAGUGACAAGAGCUCCUGAACCUGAAUCCAGAAUCCAGAAAAGCUAUGGCAUAGUGAUUGUAAUCGUCAUCAUCUGUAUUCUGAUCUUGGCCUUUCUUGGAGCUGUGCUGUACUUCCUUUACAAAAAAGGACAUAUUCCAUGUGGACGCUCUGGUAAAAAAGAAAUUACAGAUCCUGGCGCUAAAGAUAAAAUAAUUGUGGAAAUGAAGCCUGAUUCUCCAGCAGAAGAGUCUGUUUUACUUACUGGAUCUCAAGAAAAGAAACCAACAGAUCAGGUA